AUUAAAUGUUUUGUUUACUUGCAUUAUGUCAUAUUAUAGGUAACCAAGUUGAUAUGUUGACAAAAUAUACAAUUAAAAAAAUGACAAAAUACAAUAAAAAAAUUACAAUAAAGGUCGCCUGGCGAGACCGGUCUUCACGUUCUCGGAAUUGAGAAACAGACAAUGCUGCGUGUGAACAGGACUUUUAUUUUGGAGUGGCUGCAUGACGUCAUAAGACUGCGCCGCGCUGCUGCAUCUGUUGUGAUUCUGCCGAAGAAAGUAAAAAUCGACAGAAACGGUUAACUCUGUUAAUGAUUCUUCUUAAAGAUGGCAUUUAUUAAAGAGGAGACUGAAGACAUGAAGAUUGAUUUUAUUAAAGAGGAGACUGAAGAUAUAAAGAUAGUGUUUAUUAAAGAGGAAACUGAAGACCUGAGGAUCGAAGAAACAUUCAGUGUGAAACAUGAAGAUACUGAGGAACAAACAGAGCUGAUGGAAGUGAAGGAGGAGUGUGAAGAACUGAGUGAAGUGGAGGAGGAACAUCAUGACAAACCUGGAGAAAAAACUUUGAAUCGCUCAAUGACUAAAAAUACAUUUUUAAAGAAAAGAGACAAGAAAUCUACAACCUGCACUCAGUGUGGAAAGAGUUUAUCAACCAAACAACAUCUUGAGGUUCACAUGAGGAUCCACACAGGAGAGAAGCCGUUCACAUGUCAUCAGUGUGGGAAGAGCUUCAAACAAAAAGGACAUCUUAAGGAACACAUGAGAGUUCACAGUGGAGAGAAGCCACACAUAUGUGAUCAAUGUGGGAAGAGUUUCACAACCAAACAAAGUCUUGAGACUCACAGUGCAGUUCAUACCGGAGAGAAGCAGUUUGCAUGUAAUGAAUGCGGCAAAACAUUUCUAUGGGCAUCAAACCUGAAGAAACAUCUGACAGUUCAUACAAAGGAGAAGCCACAUUCAUGUUCUGUGUGUGGAAAGAGUUUUUCACAGCUGUAUAGUUUACAAGAACAUGAGAGAAUUCAUACUGGUGUGAGAGAGUACAUGUGCUUUCAAUGUGAGAAGACUUUUACUACAGCAAACAGUUUAAAACAGCACCAGAGAAUUCACACUGGAGAAAAACCUUACAAGUGUUCACACUGUGACAAGAGAUUCAGUCAGUCAACACAUCUGAAAACACAUGAGAGGAUCCACACUGGAGAAAAACCUCACAAGUGUUCAUACUGUGAAAAGAGAUUCAGUGUGUCAUCAGAUAUGAAAACACAUGAGAUGAUCCACACUGGAGAAAAACCUUACAAGUGUUCAUACUGUGACAAGAGAUUCAGUCUCUCAUCAUAUGUGAAAACGCAUGAGAGGAUCCACACUGGAGAAAAACCUUACAAGUGUUCACACUGUGACAAGAGAUUCAAUAAUUCUUCUAACCUUAAAGACCACAUGAGAAUUCACACUGGAGAGAAACCUUUCACCUGCCAGCAAUGUGGACAGAGUUUCAGACAUAAAGGAAGCCUUAAAAUCCACAUGAGAAUCCAUACUAGAGAAAAGCCUUUCACCUGCAAACAAUGUGGAAAGAGUUUCAGUCAUAAAGGAAGCUUUAUAGGCCACAUGAGAAUUCACACUGGAGAGAAACCUUUCACCUGUCAACAGUGUGGAAAGAGUUUCACACGUGAAGAAAACUUUAAAGUCCACGUUAGAGUUCACACUGGAGAAAAGCUGUAUACCUGCCGACAAUGUGGAAAGAGUUUCAGUCAAAAGGGAAGCCUUACAGCCCACAUGAAAAUUCACACUGGAGAAAAGCCUCACACCUGUCAAGAGUGUGGAAAGAAUUUCAGUAAAAAAGGAAAACUUAAAAUCCACAUGAGAAUUCAUACUGGAGAAAAGCCUUACACCUGCCAAGAGUGUGGACAGAGUUUCAGUGAAAAAGGAAACCUUACAGUCCACAUGAGAAUUCACACUGGAGAAAAGCCUUACACCUGUCAACAGUGUGGAAAGAGUUUCAGUCAAAAAGGAAACCUUAUAGACCACAUGAGAGUUCACACUGGAGAGAAGCCCUACACUUGUCAACAGUGUGGAAAGAGUUUUACACAAAAAAUAAACCUUACAGACCACAUGAGAAUUCACACUGGAGAGAAGCCCUACACCUGUCAGGAGUGUGGAAAGAGUUUCAAUAGAAAAGGAACACUUGAAAUCCACAUGAGAAAUCACACUGGAGAAAAGCAAUAUAUCUGCCAACAGUGUGGAAAGAGUUUCACACAAAAAGGAAGCCUUAAAGGCCACAUGAGAAUUCAUACUGGAGAAAAGCCUCAUACCUGCCGACAAUGUGGAAAGAGUUUCAGUCAAAAAGGAAGCCUUACAGUCCACAUGAGAAUUCACACUGAAGAAAAGCCUCAUACCUGUCAAGAGUGUGGAAAGAGUUUCAUACAAAAAGGAAACCUUCAAGGCCACAUGAGAAUUCACAUUAAAGAGAACCCAUUCACCUGCCAACAGUGUGGAAAGAGUUUCAAUCGAAAAGGAAGCCUUAAAAUCCACAUGAGAAUUCACACUGGAGAAAAGCCUUACACCUGCCAACAGUGUGGAAAGAGUUUCCGUGACAAAGGAAAUCUUACAGCCCACAUGAGCACUCACACUGGAGAAAAGCCUCAUACCUGUCUAGAGUGUGGAAAGAGUUUCAAUCAAAAAGAAAGCCUUAAAGUCCACAUGAGUAAUCACACUAGAGAGAGCCCAUUUACCUGUCAACAGUGUGGAAAGAGUUUCAGUGGAAAAGGAAAGCUUGAAGUCCACAUGAGAGUUCACACUGGAGAGAAACCUUUCACCUGUCAACAGUGUGGAAAGAGUUUCAGUCAAAAAGGAAGCCUUAAAGUUCACAUGAGAACUCACACUGGGGAAAAGCCUUACACCUGCCAACAGUGUGGAAAGAGUUUUAAUGAGACAGGAAACCUUAAGGUCCACAUGAUAAUUCACACUGGAGAAAAGCCUCAUACCUGUCAAGAGUGUGGAAAGAGUUUCAGUUGGAAAAAAAGCCUUACAGCCCACAUGAGCACUCACACUGGAGAAAAGCCUUAAGCCUCGUUUAC